AUGCAGGUGCCGAGCACAUCCUCAUGUCCCCCUCAACCAAGUUGUCAGUCCCAGAACCACAUCAGAAGCCUCUGCUCUCCCUUCUCUUGCUAUGUGGUGCAGUCUAUUAUUGGAGAGGGCAACUAUGGAAAAGUGCUCAAGUGUGUGAAGACAGCCACUGGUGAAACGGUGGCUGUCAAGGUGAUGAAGAAAAAAACGUCGAUAUUUCUGACAGAGAAGGAGGUGUCCACGAUGUUAAUCCUGAAAAAUUAUGAUCCAGACAAAUUCAACUUUGUGAAGUUCAACAGUGUUUUUGUUGACAAACAGUUUGUUUGUGUCGAGUACGAAUUGCUGGACCAGAGUCUGUUUGAUUUUGUGAUGAAGAGACCCAACUGCUGUCUGUCUGUGAAGGAGAUACGCCCACUCUUGCAUCAGAUGGCCACCACUUUGGAACUCCUGCGCAGCUUAGACAUUUUACACACGGAUCUGAAGGCAGACAACAUCAUGAUGGUGGACCAACUAAACCAGCCAUUUAGGAUCAAAUUGAUUGACUUUGGCUUGGCUGGUUGUGUUGCAGAGAUAGAAUCGGACAUGCCGUACAUCCAACCACUCAUCUACAGGGCUCCAGAAGUUAUGCUGGGACUUCCAUUAACACCAGCGACUGACAUCUGGUCUCUGGGCUGCAUUGCUGCAGAGCUGUUCCUGGGCUCUCCACUUUACCCUGGAAACUGUGAAUAUGAUAUAUUACAACUUAUCACCCAGACACAGGGUCGGAUACCGGAGCGACUGCUCAACAUUGCAAAGGACACCAGAUGGUUUUUCAGGAAAAGAUGGAAACCUCGGGCGACAAAUCAGUGGAUACUGAAUGACCCGAGGGUAAUGGGACUAAAAACGAGGAUCAAGAGCAGAUUCGAAUCCCUGGACUGCCUCAUCAAGGUCAGACCAGUCUGCCACUUACUGGAGGAGGACAACAUGACAGAACUUGAGGACAGACAACUUUUUAUAAAUCUACUGAAGAGAAUGCUACGUGUGGACUAUAGCAACCGCAUAACACCCAGACAGAUAUUUCAAGAUCCCUUCAUAACAAUGAACUACCUUGCAGAGAAAUACCCCUACAGCUUCUAUAUGAAGUCGUCCUUUGAGCUGAUGGACGUCUGUCGGAGGAGGUCAGUUAACCCAGUGCAACCAUCGUGGUCGCCCCUACAGUCAUCCACCAGCACCACCAGCCUGGAAGAGUUCAACACCUCCAACUGGGUCAUUCCUGCUUGGCACUGGCACCAAGAGCAUCCUGUUAUAUUGCAACCACAGGCCACGAUGUUACCAAUCAGGUUCACAGAGUGUUGCAUCCAACAGCCUUCAUCGAAGGAAGAGAAAGUGCAGAAGUCCAGAAACUGA